AUUCAACCAAAGGAGAAACAAUACCAGAAAGUACUGGAGGUACUUCUUCUGAUGCUGCAUCGGUAACAUCUAUUAAUUCAAAUUCACCUGUCGUUUCCUAUCAAGUAACACUUGAAGUUGGAGACGAAGUUUAUGUUUUCGAAGAACAAGGUGCAUGGUAUCGUGGAUACGUUGUUUCUCAACUGCGACAAACAGAAGAAGCUCAAGUUUAUGUCGGUAUUUUUCCCCAAAAUCACGUAUACAUCAAGGAAUAUCUGGAUAAUGUAGAAUUACAAGCAGAGGAACCGAAAAUUAAUGAUGUUGCAUCUUUAUCAUCAGAGAAAACCACACGACCUCCUCCUCCCUUACCAUCACUUACAUGUGGUGACGAUACAAUUAGUGGAAAAUCUGAACCAUUAAUUGACGAAAUUGCUAGUACUGUAAGAGAGUGGAGCAGCCUAUUACCAAAGUACUUGGAAGAAAGAAGGUACACUAUGUUCAGAACCGUUAAAGAUCAAAUAAAUGAUUUACUACAAGGUCGACGUCAAUUGCUGGCUCAGACAUUGUCACAAGAUGAAUUGAACAAACUACGAAAGGAACUCAUAAAUAAGCUUGUAUCUGGAAACUUAAUUCAAGGCUUGGACAUUAUUGUUCGAGAUCCAGAGAAAGGUUUCCUUGCUGACGAAACGAAUAUAUCGUCAAUUCGACUUUACCAAUUACAAGCCCAAUGGUCUCUUUUGAACAUGGAUAAGUCAAAGGCUGAUUCGUUAAUUGCAAGUCCUACAGUAUCAACUCCUGGCGUGCAACAAACACAGUCUUCAUCCGUGAUAACUGACACAGGAACUCAUGCGCCAAAGUUCUAUCACUUAUUCUUGGAUUUAAAAGCUUGGGUUGCAUCUAUAUCAGCGCCUGGUGAAUAUACAGAACUUUACUUUUCAUUAUAUACAAAGGCGAACGGUCGAUUUAUCACGGAAGAUUACUUUAUCGUACUUAAUCAUAAUGGUGUGCCAAAAGACGAAUCAAAGAUAGGGAAAAUGAGAACAAUUUUCACAGAUCUCUCUCCUCAUGAUAUUCAGGAACAAAUUUAUUUACUUUGCCGAAUCGUCAGAACUGGAAGUAUGAAAAUGGCAGAUAAGGACAAGGAAUCACCAAAGGAGGGUACUUCAAUGACUUCCCGGUUUUCUAAAUCAUCAAAAGAAUCGGAACCGAUCGAACAAUCAAAACUUGUACCGCAAACAUUUCGCAGACCUUUUGGUUGUGCUGUUCUUGAGAUUACCCAUCUUCUGCAAGGAAAGGAGAAAGAAACCAUAAGUGAACAUGUGAUGCCCAUUUAUGUAUCUUCGCAAGAAUCAUCAUUUUCUACUCUCCAUGAAGACAUUAUUCAUGAUCGUGUUAAAGAAUUCGAAAAAUCUCCUCGCGCUGAAAUGGUAAGCGUCUCGAUCCGCCCUUAUUAUGGUGAGGCAGCAACUAUAAUCAAGGAAAAUCCAGCGUCACUUCAAGAUAUUCCUAUUACUUCCCGUCUUGGUUUUGCGGACGUUGUAUUCCCUGGUGACACUCGAAAUGAGAUCUAUAUUAGAUUGUUGUCUGGUGAUUUUACUCAAGGACGUACGACUACAGCGAAAAAUAUUCAAGUAACUAUGGAGGUUAGAUUAAAUUCAGGCGAAACAUUGGAAAAUGUAAUUUCACAAGGAUCGGGUGAGCCACGAAUAACGCAGUUUGAAUCGCUCGUUUUUUAUCAUUCUAACAAUCCAACAUGGGGAGAAUUAUUAAAGUUGAAUAUACCAGUGGAGUUGUUCGAAAAGUCUCAUAUAUUUCUUACUUUUCGUCAUCGGUCAACAAAAGAUAAAAAAGAAGACAAAAUAUUUGCGUUUGCUUAUAUGCCCUUGUUUCCUGAAAAUCGAGCAUUUAUUAACGAUGGAAAACAUUGUCUUUCGUUAUAUAAGUAUGAUAAACAGUCGAUACACCCAUCUGCAUAUUUAAAAUUUUCAUGGACUCCCUCGGCAACAAUUUCUGAUGUGGCAUCUGUGAAUUCUUUUGCCAGUUCGCACUCGAGUAACAAACUUAUGUCUUCGACCAGGGACACCGUGUCGAUAUUAUCAUUCUUAUGUUCCACAAAAUACACGCAGAAUGAAGUGCUUCUUAAAUUAUUGAAUUGGGAAAAACAACUUAUUUCUGACGAAAACGAAAUGAUAUCUGUCUUGAAGAAAUUUACUUUUGUUGGUGAGGUUGAAAUAGUCAAGUUUCUGCAAGAUAUUUUUGACGCACUUUUCGGGAUACUUAUCUCAACAAGAAAUCAACAAGGAGAACUGGACGAUUUAAUUUUCAAUGCCUUAGUAACAAUACUUGGUAUAGUCUCUGAUCGAAGAUUCAUGAAUUUCCGACCAGUGCUCGAUGUUUACAUAGAUAAACAUUUUUCUUGCGCUCCUGCGUCUUCUCACCUGAUCCGUUCAAUGAAUCGUCUUAUCUCGAAUCCGACAAGUUCUGAUAAUGCACAAAAUCUGAGAUCUGCAAUAAAAGUAUGGCAAUACAUCUUCAAAAUGAUUUUACGGUCACGUGAACUUCAACGAAACAAAGAAUCUGACAUUGGAUUAUCGGGGAAUUAUGUUGAAGAACAAUUUAAGAAAGAUUUAUUUGCUCUUUUCAGAAGCAUAGAUAAACUUAUGUCCAUAACAACCCCACAAUCAAUAAUUGGUACACAAACAUUGGCAUUACAGCACUUUGCUUCAAUAUUUUCGGAUUUAAGUAAAUGUUUUACACCGGAUGAUCUAGUGCAAAUUGCUAUCAGUUUCACCGAAUCCGUGAGAUUGCCCAAAGGGAAACUUUUGGCGUAUAAACUGUUGCUUAUUCUUCAGUUCUGUCGGGGUUCUCUAUUUGAAAAUUCGGAAUCUCGCGCUACACUUUUACGUAGAGUCGUCGAGUGGGUGAUGGACCACAUGGGAAAAUGGGAAAGAUCUGGAAAACAAAUUAUUGAUGUUGACACUGCAAGAAUACAAUGGCAUGAUGGUAUCCGAUUAUGCGUCACUAUUAUUGCCGUCAUGUUAGAGAGCCUUCAAAAUACCAUUGAAAAAUCAACCGAUAAAGAGAUUAUUGAGAACGAAAUCGAAAAUGUAAAAACAAUUCUUCCGCUCAUGAUGAAACUUUGUGAGUCCUACAGGGAAUUACAUAUAACUAACGACGAGUUAAGCCAGAAGAGGGAUCGAGGUGGUUUUAUGGUAUCCUCACCUAUGUUUUCAUGGGCACAUGCAUUUCCUAGUGCCAUACAGACACCUACACCGGGAUCUGUUAAAGCCUCGAAAGAAUUCCCGUUUGCCUCAUUUAAUCAACAGCAAUAUUCGAACUCUACCGGAUUGGGAGAAAUAUCCGCUGUAAUCUUGCAAAUCAUGUUUUUACUAUCUCAAGAUCACAUAAAAGAACAUCUACUUUCGACAUAUUAUCGAGAAGGGCACGAUGCAACUGCGGAAUUUUUGAUUUUAUUAUUUCAGGUAGCGAGAUCUGUUCUAAAAAAUGAGGCUUUCUCGGAUACUUGGUUGAACAUGAAUAUUAUGGCCCAUAAAGUAUUUUUAAAAUUUCUAGAACCUGUUUCAUCUUUAUUGGAGAAGAACUAUAUUCCGGAUAAGGAGGCGCCAGAAACUUUCAACGAGCAACUUUGGCGAGAAUAUUUUAAUUGCUUAUUAAGUUUACUCACCAGUGAACAUUUAGUUAUAGAAAAUUUCACGCCACAAAAGCGUCGUGCGAUAUGGCGAUUAGCUGGAGAUCUUCGAGGGCGUGGGGCUAAAUUGUUAUCAAAUUUAUGGGAUGCCAUUGGAUGGGAACAAGGUAACGACGGCAAAAUGGGUGGAUAUCAAUCUCGUUAUAUAAAUGUUUUAUUGGGACCGAUUUUAGAGUUAUGCUUAUCUCAUCACGAUGAAUUACGUUCGGCGGCGAUUACAGUUUUAUUUAGCAUGAUUGUCACACAGUAUACUUUGGAGGGUGAUUUCAAACAAAUGGAAUCCGACAUAAUAGAUUUGCUUGAUAGGUUGUUUAUGUCAGAAGGCAAGGGUGAUGAGAUUUCUCGUUCUUACUUUAUAGCUCAAUUGCGAAGAUUGUUCGAGAAUUCAUCUGUUGAUACUUUGCUGAAAGAGAUUGUCACGAAAUUCUUGGAUUCAUUGAGUGAAUUCUUGGAACUUCUGCUUGGAGUUCGCGAGUUACCUGAAGGUGAAGAAUACCAGGAUGACCGUAUAAUGUGUACCCUCAAAUUGAUGAAGUUUAUAAAAUCCAUUGAACGCGAUCAGAUAUACAUCAAAUACGUGCACCAGCUAGUACAGAUGCAAGUUAAUAGUCAUAACUUUGUCGAAGCCGCUUUAACACUUAAGCUACAUUCUAAUUUAUACGAUUGGGAUUCACACACCGAGGUCGAAGCACUACCCGAACUGGAUUUCCCUAAGCAAUCUUCAUUUGAUCGGAAAGAGAGAUUGUAUAUACAGAUUUUGGAUUAUUUUGUUAAAGGUAGAGCAUGGGAAUGUGGUAUUGAAAUUUGCAAGGAAUUGGCUCGUCACUUCGAGUACACUACUUUUGAUUACCAACGCCUUAGUAACAUUUUGAAACAGCAAGCAGUGCUACACGAGAACGUUAUCAAAAAGGAAAGGUAUUUCAGUGAAUAUUUCCGAGUUGGGUUUUUCGGUCGAGGAUUUCCAGCAAGUUUACAAAAUCGUCAAUUCAUAUACCGGGGAUAUGAAUGGGAAAAGAUUGGAGCGUUCUGCGAACGCAUGCAAAAUAAGCAUCCUCAAGCUCAAUUGUUGAAAUCAAGUAAUUCUCCGACUGAUGAUAUUCUUUAUGGAGAUGGACAGUUUUUACAGGUGACCGCCGUGAAACCCGAGCCUGAUAGAAGCAAUCCUGUGUUCAAAGGAGAUGUUCCAUCUUCAAUUCGUAGUUAUUAUGAACACAAUUCUAUUAAUACUUUUAGCUUUUCACGACCGGUGAAUAAAAAUCCUGAUGGUGUGAAGUCAACCAAUGAAUUUUUGGACUUAUGGACCGAGAAGACCAUUUUGAUAUCUGAGGAUCAUUUCCCUACUGUGCUUCGACGAUCGGAAAUUGUUCAAGUCACGGUUAUUGAAGUGUCACCGAUCGAGAAUGCGGUUGCCACUAUGAAGGCGAAGAACCAAGAACUGUUGACUCUCGAAUCCAAAUAUGGUGCUUAUCUUAAUUCAAAGGGAUCGGACAAAGUGAAUACCAAUCCAUUAUCUAUGUCGUUAAAUGGUGCCGUAGAUGCACCAGUCAAUGGCGGUGUGCCAAUGUAUAAGAAAGCAUUUUUCAGUAAAGAAUUUUUAGCAGAGAAUCCCGAAAAGGAAGUUUUUGUAGAAAAAUUGAAAGAGGCGAUUGAAGAGCAGGUUCGCAUCAUCGAUAGAUGUUUCGUUAUACACGAACGUCUUGUUUCUAGUGAAAUGCGUCCACUUCACGAUACACUCGUGAAAUUCUUCCACAGGAAUUUUUCAGAAGAGAUUUAUCGAUUAGCAGAAC